CAAAAUAGUAUUUAACAUAAACUAAAAGUUGUUGACCCGUUAACGAAAUGAAGAUACUUGUGACCGGCGCUUCCGGUUACCUCGGCGGCAAGCUUUGCACCGCCCUCAUCGCUCAAGGCUACUCCGUCCGAGCCUUCGUUCGUCGCACCAGCGAUCUCUCCUCCCUUCCUGUUCAAGAAAACCCUUCUUUUGAGCUCGCUUAUGGAGAUGUUACUGAUUUCUCAUCCUUCCUAGCUGCCUGCUCCGGUUGUCAGAUCGUUUUCCAUGUUGCCGCCAUUGUCGAACCUUGGGUUCCAGAUCCUUCUAUAUUCUCCAAGGUUAAUAUUGGAGGAUUGAAGAAUCUAUUGAAAGUAUAUAAAGAAUCGGAAUCAUCGAUAGAGAAGAUUAUUUACACCUCUUCUUUUUUCGCAGUAGGAUCUACAGAUGGUUAUGUUGCAGAUGAAAACCAGAUUCAUUCUGGAAAGAACUUCUGCACUGAGUAUGAGAAAUCGAAGGUUUUAGCCGAUAAAAUUGCGUUAGAAGCUGCUGCUGAAGGCGUGCCUAUAGUGGUAGUUUAUCCCGGAGUUAUCUAUGGUCCUGGCAAGUUAACUACAGGCAAUAUAGUUGCUAAGUUGCUUGUUGAACGCUUCAAUUGGCGGUUGCCUGGGUAUAUAGGAAAUGGAAAUGAUUUGUUUUCUUUUAGUCAUGUUGAUGAUGUAGUUGAAGGACAUAUUGGUGCUAUGAAUAAAGGUAGACUUGGUGAAAGAUAUCUUUUAACAGGUGAAAAUGCUUCCUUUAAGCAAGUUUUUGAUUUAGCUGCUAUUAUUACAAAUACAAGCAAGCCUAUGUUCAACAUUCCUUUGUAUGUUAUCGAGGCUUAUGGAUGGAUAUUGGUUUUCAUCUCAAGAAUUACUGGAAACCUUCCUCUGCUCAGUCCACCGACUGUGUAUGUUCUUAGAAAACAAUGGGCUUAUUCAAGUGAGAAGGCUAAGAAAGAGCUUGAUUAUGCUCCAAGAGGCCUGAAAGAAGGUCUUUUGGAGAUGCUUCCAUGGUUGAAGAGCUCAGGGCAGAUAAAGUACUAGAAUCAGAAUCAACAUUCAAAGUGUUUGCCUGGUUUGUACACAUCUAUAUAUUAUCAUAUGGUUAACUAACAUGUUUCUGCAAUUCUGUUUUUUUUAAACCUAGUUUGUACUCUUCCUUAAUUGGCUAACCUUUGAUCAAAAGAAUGUGGAUAAAGAUUUGGUAGUUGGCGGGUAAA